AUGAAGUUUCUUUCUACGAUCACUGCACUCGCAGCCGUCCUUGCCGCCGAUGGCGCGUCCCUAUACGAGCGCCAGUCGGGCAACGAAUGCUACGGCGCUUCGAAGUCAAUGGUUGCUUACGACCGACCCUUCGUCUAUCCGCUCUUCGAGGCAUGCAAGAACGAGCUCGGAAACUCCAUCGCGGCCAAGGAGAACCCGUGGGUGAACAAGCAUUGUGUUGCAGCUGCUGUAGCUGCUAGUAUCCCCAUCUUCCAUGACGGUUUGACUUGCGGUGUCAAUACCAGUGCAACCUUCGAUCUCACGGACAUCUCGACCUGGCCGAGUCUCGACUACAACGUCUACGCGUCUAUCGUAGGCGAUUGCGCUUGGGCAACGGGAGGUUGCCCCAUCACGGAGCAGAACUUCAUCGACCUUGUCUACGGAGCGAUUGCCGAAACAAGCGGUGGGCCGUAUCCAAGCUCGGCCGGCCAGCUCAUCGACGACUACCUCACGCCCAUAUUUGAGUGGGCGGCGUUCGACCUAUCGGAGGGAAUUCCCUACCUCAACUUCAAUGACUGGCUUCACUGGUCUCCCACCAUCACGCACUGCUACCCGACUCAAUGCAGCUAA